CAUGAAAAGUGAAAACUGCCUUAAACCCUAGCCUCUCUGGCUUUCUGUGUUUCUAAUUCUUUUUUUGAUGUAGAUUCGUAAUUUCGCAUAGCGACGAGCACCAAAGAUUCAAACCCGAGACAGCCUCAUUCGACAAACCCAUUUCAGUGAUUCGAACUUUUCGAAGCAUUCUACUCAAUGGCAUUCAUUACUGUAUCUAAACUCCACCAGUGGACGCUUAGGGUUUUUCCCAACAUUCCAAGAACCUCAAAUACUUCCACAAUUAAUCUACUCCGCUUCUUCUCCUCUACUGAUGACACAAUCUCCUCCGUUGAUCAGAAUCCAAACCCAGAUCCCGAACCGGGUGCGCCUUCCGACCCAAAAUUCGAAGUCGAAAACCCAAAGACGGCAGAUGGAGAGCCGAAGGUCUACCAGAGAACUCCACGAGGUAAGCGUCGGAAUCCAGAAAAGAUAGAGGAUGUUAUAUGUAAGAUGAUGGCGAGCCGGGCUUGGACAACCCGGUUGCAGAACUCAAUCCGGGCAUUGGUGCCCGAAUUCGACAACUCCCUCGUCUGGAAUGUAUUGCACAGUUCCACUAACUCGGAGCACGCGCUACAGUUCUUCCGGUGGGUCGAGCGGGCCGGGCUGGUCCAUCACGACCGCGAGACCCAUCUGAAAAUGAUUGAGAUUUUAGGCCGCGCUUCGAAGAUCAACCACGCCAGGUGCAUACUAUUGGAUAUGCCGAAGAAGGGCGUCGAGUGGGACGAGGACUUGUUUGUUGUUCUCAUCGAGAGCUAUGGUAAAGCCGGGAUUGUUCAGGAGGCUGUUAAGAUUUUUCAGAAAAUGAAGGAAUUAGGUGUGGAGAGGAGUGUCAAGUCGUACGAUGCUUUGUUUAAGGUGAUUUUGAGGCGGGGGCGGUAUAUGAUGGCGAAGAGGUAUUUUAAUGCGAUGCUGAAUGAAGGGAUUGAGCCUACCCGUCAUACAUUCAAUCUUAUGCUUUGGGGAUUCUUUUUGUCGUUGAGGUUGGAGACGGCGAAAAGGUUUUACGAGGAUAUGAAGGGUAGAGGGAUUUCUCCGGAUGUGGUCACGUAUAACACUAUGAUUAAUGGGUAUUAUCGGUUUAAGAUGAUGGAUGAGGCAGAGAAGUUGUUUGACGAGUUGAAGGGGAGGAACAUAGCUCCCACAGUUAUAAGUUAUACUACCAUGAUAAAAGGGUAUGUUUCGGUUGGUCGAAUCGAUGAUGGGUUGAGAUUGUUGGAUGAGAUGAAGUCUUUUGGUGUUAAGCCCAAUGCUGUCACAUACUCGACCUUGUUGCCUGGGCUUUGUGAUGCUGAGAAAAUGUCUGAAGCUCGAAUGAUGUUGAAGGAGAUGGUUGAGAGACAUUUUGCUCCUAAGGAUAGUUCCAUCUUCAUUAGACUGUUAACAUGUCAGUGCAACUCUGGUGACUUGGAUGCUGCUGCAGAUGUGCUCAAAGCAAUGAUUCGGCUGAGCAUACCUACUGAGGCUGGUCACUAUGGGGUCUUAAUUGAGAACUUUUGCAAGGCUGGUGUGUAUGAUCGGGCAAUUAAGUUGUUGGAUAAGCUGAUUGAGAAGGAAAUCAUCUUGAGGCCACAGACUUCUUUGGAGAUGGAGUCUACUGCUUAUAACCCAAUGAUUCAGUAUCUGUGCGAGCAUGGGCAGACGGGGAAAGCAGAAAUAUUUUUCCGUCAACUGAUGAAAAAGGGUGUUAUGGAUUCAUUUGCUUUUAAUAAUUUGAUCUGUGGGCAUUCCAGAGAAGGGAAUCCUGAUUCUGCUUUUGAGAUUCUAAGGAUCAUGGGUAGGAGAGGGGUUUCUAGAGAUGCAGAUUCCUUUAAAUUGCUUAUCAAGAGCUACUUGAACAGAGGUGAACCAGCUGAUGCUAAAACAGCUUUGGAUAGUAUGAUUGAAGUUGGGCAUCUCCCAGAUUCCUCACUCUUCAGGUCAGUGAUGGAGAGCCUAUUUGAAGAUGGGAGGGUUCAAACUGCAAGUCGAGUGAUGAAGAGCAUGGUGGAGAAGGGGGUGAAGGAGAACAUGGACUUGGUUGCUAAGAUCUUGGAAGCCCUUCUCAUGAGAGGUCACGUUGAGGAAGCCCUGGGACGAAUUGAUCUACUCAUGCACAGCGGGUGCUCGCCUGAUUUUGAUUCUCUUUUAACCGUUCUUUGUGAGAAGGGGAAGACUAUUGCUGCUCUUAAGGUGUUAGAUUUUGCAUUGGAGAGAGACUAUACUAUAGACUUUUCAAGCUAUGAUAAAGUGUUGGAUGCUCUCUUGGCAGCAGGGAAAACACUAAAUGCAUAUUCAAUUUUGUGUAAAAUUAUGGAGAAAGGAGGGGCCACGGAUUGGAGUAGUCGUGAGGCUCUGAUCAAGAGCCUUAAUCAGGAGGGCAACACAAAGCAGGCAGAUAUACUUUCUAGAAUGAUUAAGGAUGGGGAGAAAUCCCAUGCCGGCAAAAAAGGGAAAAAGCAUGCUACUGUUGCUGCCUAAUUUGCUGCCCUUCAUUUUCCUUGUCACUUUGAGAUAGGGUAUUAGCUACAUCAUGCUUAUGGUUUACAUAUAACUUCAUUUGGUUGGUCUGGUGCCACCACAUAGGAUCCCCCUUGGUCCUUGCAGUCGUAAGUUGCUGCUUUCACAGCCUUUUCGAGCUCGCAGAAUAUCAGCGGAAAGAGUACCUUGCUUCCGGUUUGUACUUUGGCGCCAUGCUGUACUUGGGAACAUACUGUGAAGAAGACAUAUCAAAGCAUAUAGCCCAUUACUUAAGCCGUGAUUACCUUUGCCUGCGGGUCAUUGGAUGAUGCAAAUGCUAAUGUAAUUUAAGUUUUUCAAAAGAAAUUUUUGUUUAUUGUUACUGUUCUGAUUGUCAGCAAUCUUUAAAUUGAGUUUAUAUUAAACUCAGCUCA